UGGAGAAGUUACAACUUCAAACUUUAAAGUUGCAGAGAGGAGUUGUGCCUCACUAAGAUCACCUCAGAAGUUGAGGACAUCCAUUGGUGACAUCAUUGGUUCUCACAUGCAAUGGAAAGCUUCUGGAAGUCAAGAUAUCGCUCAAGUCUGGGUCUCAGAAUAUGUGUGUCUGUGGUUUUGCUUCUAGUCCUCUUCAACAUAGUUAUAAGACAUAAAGCCAAAGAAGUAAUGUCCAAGAGAGAUGUUCUAGCAUCAACAGAAAUCCCAGCGCAAUAUAUUGAUCCAGCAGCAAUAGAUCUUACCCCAUUGGUCAAUACAUUAAUUAAUUCAACACAAUCAGGAUCACAUCAGCUAUUUUCCCUGCUUAGUGUGACCUCACACAGUUCCUUGGCCCUUCAUAAGCUCACUCUGCUGGUCUACAACAUUUCAAGUUUCCGAAGUUUCGAGAACAAUAUGUUUCCGAAGAGGUACUGUUAUUGUGUAACAAACGAAACGAAUGAUUUAACAGAUUUUACAGCAAUAUUAUUGGAUGUGAUGGGAAAUUCCACAAGCUAUCUACAUGAGCUGUUCAAAUCCAGCUCUAUACUAUCAGUGAGCCAGAAAAAUCAUUCUGACUGCACAUAUAUCUGUGUAAUGGCUGGAAAAACAGAUAAAGACCUGUCUAAACUGUGGGAGGUGGACUCCAUCAAGCCACUGUUCAACCAGACCAUCACAGAGGACAGCCACAGAGUAGGUAACAUCUCGGCUCACAAGAUACCUAUUGGUUGGCACCAACUGCCAACGAAUGCAAGCCAUAUUUCCUCACCUGGGAUAAGUGCUGUACUAACCAGUAGAGUCCAUGCCACUACGAACUUCAGCACCAGUCAGACCAACAUCAACACCAGCCAGACCAACAUCAACACCAGCCAGACCAACAUCAACACCAGUCAGACCAACAUCAACACCAGCCAGACCAACAUCAACACCAGCCAGACCAACAUCAACACCAGCCAGACCAACAUCAACACCAGCCAGACCAAUAUCAACAUCAACACCAGUCAGACCGACAUCAACACCAGUCAGACCGACAUCAACACCAGCCAGACCGACAUCAACACCAGUCAGACCAACAUCAAUACCAAUCAGACGAACUUCAGCACCAGCCAGACCAACAUCAACACCAGUCAGACCAACAUCAACACCAGCCAGACCAACAUCAACACCAGUCAGACCGACAUCAACACCAGUCAGACCAACAUCAACACCAGUCAGACCAACAUCAACACCAGUCAGACCAACAUCAACACCAGCCAGACCAACAUCAACACCAGCCAGACCAACAUCAACACCAGUCAGACCAACAUCAACACCAGCCAGACCAAUAUCAACAUCAACACCAGUCAGACCGACAUCAACACCAGCCAGACCAACAUCAACACCAGUCAAACCAACAUCAACACCAGCCAGACCGACAUCAACACCAGUCAGACCGACAUCAACACCAGUCAGACCGACAUCAACACCAGUCAGACCAACAUCAACACCAGCCAGACCAACAUCAACACCAGUCAGACCGACAUCAACACCACCAGACCAACAUCAACACCAGCCAGACCAACAUCAACACCAGCCAGACCAACAUCAACUCCAGCCAGACCAACAUCAACACCAGUCCAACCAGUUGCCUCAACCACGAUCACAACGAUCACACCAACCACGGCCACAGACUCACCUACCACGUUCCCACCAACUACAGUCACUCUGCUGACCACUGCAUCAGCUAGAACAACCACAAUGACUCAACCCAGAACAACCCAAAUCAUCUCAACCACAGACUUACUCACCACUAACCUGGCAACCACAGACUUACUCACCACUAACCUGGCAACCACAGCACCUGAUCACUCAGCAACCAUCACACUCGCCCAACCUGCCAUGACAACCGUCCAACCCGUCAUGACAACAUUAAAACCUGCCGUAACAACAGCCCAACCUGCCAUGACAACAGCCCCACCUGCUGUGACAACAGCCCAACUCUCCAUGACAACACACAAACUUGCCAUGACAACAGCCCCACCUGCCGUGACAACAGCCCAACUCUCCAUGACAACAGCUCAACCAACCGCCAAGACUAUUACAAUAACGAUACCACUUACAGCCACGAUCCCACCGCCAAGAACAACUCAAGCGAUCACAAACACAGAGUCAAUAUUUGCAACAACAGCUCCAUCGACCUCUAGCGCUCCAGCCACAACUAGAACCAGGGUGAUCACCAGAGCACCUGUCACUGAGAAACCAGGUUGCCCGUGGAGACGACCCUCGUUGCACCACGCGGGGGAGUGGACGGACGAUGACCUCACCAGCGCGACCCCAACGACCACCGUCAGCGCCCACAAGCUGCAGCCCUGCGUCCUGGAGCUCUGCAAGUUCUUCUCCCAGUGUCUCUGCCGCUCCUACGGAUCCAAGACGAGGAUGAGAUAUUGUGCCGACAGUCAUCUGUGGUACGAGAAACACACGUUUGAGGUGUGCAGGCGGGUCAGAAGAGUUUCCUUCUCUAAAAAUUUGAAACAGAGGUGCCUUGCGAGAAUGUGCAACAAACUGUGACCAGGAUGUCAGGAGAAAGAGAGAUGAAGAGCCUGGCCAGACACAAAGAGAAGGAGGUGAAGGAAAUCCUCAAAGCGCCUCUCUCUCACGGAGAGGUAAUCCAUGAGAUCAACACUUCCGCCAUCUACGCAUUCUAAUUGAACAUUCUCUCAACAUUGUAUUCUGAAUUCCAAUAAACAUUUUGUUUGAUUGUCCCAGACAUCUGUGGGAA